AAUGCGAAAUCAGAGCUGAAGUCAACGAAGUAUCGACGACAACGACAAGGAGGAAAUUUACGAGACAUUAGAGAAUAUGGUAUUACGCCCGUGUGAAGAAUACGGUAGUUACACGAUGGACAACUACCCGCAAAACGGCGGCGGUGGCCAUCAUUUUUACGAGAGCAUCAAAACCGAAAUGGAAAGUUUUCGGUUGCGUGGCAUGGACGGAGAUUUUCCGGCAUCGGUGGCUGCGGUGUCCGACACACUGCUCAGUGACGACACUAGCUCGAUAGCGUCAAAGAAACGAAUAGACAGCAUGUUCAAGACGACCGCUUCGGUUGCGGGUGACACAAAGCGAACGUACGGCCACCAUGCCGGCCRUCAGACCAAAUCGUUGGCCGAUGACAACAACCACUACGGCGGCAGUGCAGGCGGUGGCUAUUUCAAUUACAGUUAUACCGCCGGCACCAACGAUAGAAACAAUAACGGCCACAAUAACAACAAGAAUACGGUACAAGAGAAAAUCGAAAAAAUGUUUGCGGAAAUCAGUUCUUCGGAACUUGAUACGGACGUGUCGAUGGACUCCUCAGCGGUGGGAGCGGAAACAACUAGUAGCAACAAAUUCCACGUGCAGUACAUAGGGUGUGCGGGGCUGUCGGGCAAGAUAUCCUCGUUGGAGGGUCUUCAGAAGCCCGUCCGAGACAUGUACUUCGGUUAUAGGGAAAACCAACACCAUUACCGCGGCGGCGAUAUCUCGCACUGUGGUUAUUACCGCAACGAUAACGACAACGAGAUCCGGACCGACGCGCGGCGCGAUUUCUCCGGGCUCUUGGAGAUAUCGGCAGCCGGUCUAACCAUCCGGUAUAGAAACGAGCUGGGUGAAACGGAGCAGCGGACAAACGCAUUCCCGUCGAUCGCCGUUUGGGCAGCGCUGAAAUACGUGUGCCGUCGCCGAUCGCCGACUCCGAAUCGGAGAAUCGUCGGAGAAGCCGCCACCACUAUCKUCGGUUACGAGUACGCUUUCCUGCCGCUGAUCGCCGAUCCGGAUGGUUCAGACAAGGCGCCGUUGUUCCGGGACAUGGACGCGGGUGACAGGGCCCGGCUGGACGCAGCAGGUGACCACGCUCCUGUCUUCGCAGUAGUCACGCGCGCGGCCGGAAAGCGGCUAGAAUGUCACGGGUUUGCAUGCGAGACAGAAAACGACGCGUUGCUCAUGGCGGCCAACCUAUACGGUGCCCUUGUAACAGCUAUGUCUUCGGCCACUGCGGYGGCAGACGAAGGUACACCGACGGCUGGCGAGGUGGGCGAACGACGAGCAGCGCCCUCGGUCAGGCGGGUCAUUCGACAGCGGAACGGAUUCACGAGCAUGAGCAGCACGGCCGGUUCGAGUGUAGCAGGUGGCGGCUUAGGCGAGGAGGCACCCGCGCUGCCACCACCUCGUCCACCACGCAGGAACAAAAAGUCCAUAUUAUCAUCCGCUAGCGCUGUGWCGUCAGCCGGCGAUGAUGGUGAAUGCGUUCCGUCGGCAAUGACGUCAAUGAAAACAGACGACUGUAGCGUUGGUGACGUGUGCAGCGGCGCUAAAACGUUCCGGUUGACCGUCAAACAGCCGCCAUCGCUCCAGCGUGGUGUGUGUAACAGUAGCAGCGCUGUGGACUCUGCGGAAGUGACUGGCAUGCAAUCUCGUAGCACUAGAAAGCAACGUUUGGACCGCGGUGGUGACAUACUCACCAAAGUGGCCAUACCCAGGAGCAGGAGUUUUCUAAACUCCAACGGGUUGGCAUCCACUAAAUACUCGAGGCGGGCGGCGGGUUGCGGUAUCGAGACAGCUGCGGCAGACAGGCGCCGCCGUCGGAGCAAUGGUAGCAGUGUUAUGGGCUUCUCGGACAUGUUCAACGAACUACGCGCGCAAGAGGGCCUGAACAACAUGGACGACAUACUGAACGCCAUCAUCAACGUGGAGGGCAUGUCAUACAACGACCUGAAGCCCAUUUACAAGGAGUUUCUUAUGAAAUUGGCGCUGACGCUUACCAAAGACGAGCUGUACCAGCGUACCAAGGCGAUAAUGACAGAACAGAAACGCAAGCGGAACAAGCGGCGUCCAGUGGUCACUACUCAGGCGGCGAGUCGAGGGCGUCGUUUCAAUGAAAAGCUCCGCGAUACGUUCAACUUGCGGGCGGCCAAGUCGAGAAUCGGUGCCGUGUUAUUGCCGGAUUUUUGCAAGCGCAAAAACCGGAACAGAGCAUCCCGGAAACAACAACUACUGCAGCAACAGCAACAGCAACAACAACGGCGUCGUCGAUGUUCGUGUUUGGUGAUCGCAGGAUCGUCCGCCGAUGCUCGACCACCAAACCGGAAACCGGAACGGAAGUUUCAACGGCGGAUCGCUGCGAGCAAACGUUCGGCGGUCACAUCGACAAGCAAAGGCCGCCGGACGUCAGCCACGUCGUCGUCGCCUAUCUGUAGCACUUCCGACGACAGUGACUUUUUCGCGGCCGCAGUGAUGCGGCAACGGCAACAUCAACAACUCCAACAACAACUGCUGCAGCAACUGCCGCAGCUUUAUAAGAAGACGUCAAAAAAGCGCAGCGAUGGCGGACGAGGAACGACUACAACGUCUGAGGCUGGAUGUCUGCACCGGGCGUCCAGCGGUUACUUUAGCUGUUCGGAGUGUAGCGCAGGCGGUGCAGCUGACGACGACGGUUGUAGUUGCUUUGGUGACGGUGCAGCGGAACCGACUACGUCGCUGGUAUCGUGCAGCUGCGACUCGGACAGCUGUGCAGAGAGUAACAAGUGUUACUGCGGCCGGCCACGGCGCCCACGAAAUAUUUUUGACGAGCUCAAGAGUCGGGGGUUCGCGGCGUCCGAGUCGAGCGUGUCGAGGGCUGAUUCGCCGGGAACUGCAUGGAAGAAGAAUGAGCUACUCAUGCUGCUACAGCAACGACAAGAUGGCGGUCCUCGUAUUGGAGGCGAAUCAUCGCGGGCUACUACUAGCGGAGGCAGGUGCGGUAUCGAACCAUCCAAAAGCAUCGAGUAUCUACAGAUGACGCACCGGCCGUGUGACGCUGGUGCUAACUCUACCGCGGUGGCGGGUUCGUCGUCUUCUCCGUCGUCGUCCUUGUCCGCGGCCACCGUGUACUCGUCGUCGUCCGCGGUACACCAACGUAGGCCACAACCACCCUGCGGUCCCAAACACCACCACCGYCGUUCUGGUUCAAGCGGUUCGGACAACUUUCGUGCUAUCGAUUACGCGUUAUUUGCGGCCACCGCUGACGGUACUGCGGGUCCACGAAAGACACGCGGCUUUGGCGGUAGCAGACAAAAUCACCACCGUUUGGAUGGCUCUAUGGCCGCCUCGUCAUCGUCUGUCAUGAUGGACAGGCGGUCGUAUAGUUCCGAAGCAGUGCACAUGGCCGGCUGUCGGAUACAGUACAGCGGACACACACGACAGCCUGCACUAUCGCAGCAGAAUAAGCGGACAGCCAGGCGACAUUCUGUCCACGACGGMAGCGGCGAUGACGUCCUGUCAACUUUUUUUAAAUCGGGAAUUGAAAAUUCGUUGGGCUACUAUCCUUGACGAAGCGCACUGCCGCGUUAAAGUGGCGCGGCACACAUUCGUAUUCGUAAGGUGUGGAGUGGAGGAGGGAGGUCGUUGACAUUUUUUAACAAAUAAAAAUCAACCAAGUCUGCUCAAUUAUACUUAAACUAUAAAGCAUACAUUAUUAAUUAUAUAAAAGCAAUUUAUUACUACUAAUGUAGCGCAAGCAAACCGAUUAUUUUUAACGUGCAUUUUUUCAUCUUUAUUGGUUUUAUAAAUUUAUAAAAUAAAUUUCAUUGAGUAAGAAAAGUUUAAUUAAAUCUAUAACACUACCCUGUGCAUAUUUAUUUAACAGUUACGCGUAAAUUGUUUUUUUUUGAUAUAUUAUGCUUUAAGCAUUAAGUUUUGUUAAGCAUGUUGUCUCGUAGAUUACAAUAUCGUUCUAUAAUCAUAUAACGAAGAAAUCACAWUAACUGAAUAAUAUUCCGUUCAAUAUAUUAUGUCGAGUUUACCAGCAUAUUGUGUUGGUUGUCGUCGUGAAUUCGUGAAUUCGUGAUAACCGAUAWAAGUACAUAUUUUCUAUAUAUCAUCAUUAUCAUCUCAUUAGUCAUUAUUAAAUAUUCCAUCGGUCAAUAUUUACUAUUUAGCAAACAUUCACCGCCCAUUUCGAUAGGCUUGUCAUUAGUUGUCACCACUAUUAAGAUGAGGUUUUGAUGCUUCAUUGUUAUCAUCAUCAAUCAUCAUUAUUAUAUAUAUUUAUUAUUAUUAAAUUAUUGUAUUGUUAUAUUAUAUUUGUUUCUCCGAGUUUAAAUGAACGUUAGCACGUGAUCACGAGUUAAUUCAGUUUGUUCUCUAACAGCUAGAGUUGGUCAAAUUUUUAUCAAAAUAAUUAUUGUUUUUUUUUCUUUUAUCAGAAUAUCUAACUCCUUGUAUUUUAAAAUUAU